AUGAUACCAAAGUACACGAAAGAUACACUGAGUUUACAUGAUGUCAUUCGGUACAGAAGCUUUAGCAAACGUACAAGCCUGCUGUAUGAAUUGAGUGACUGGCAUCGCAGAAUAGCAAUACCGGGAAUCGGACCUCGUGUAAGCAAGAACGCGUUACUGGGCAUGGCCGCACACGCCCGGGUAUUUGAAAAAAUCAGUGUUCUUGCUGCUUGGAAAGAGCUGGGAUGGAUGUCAGGACAUAGAGAAAGGGAAUACAUGGACGAAAGUAUCGUGAAAGAAACAAGGAGACAACCAGUGCAAAAGUUGGGCGGCCAUUAA